AGGCGAAGGAAAACGUCCCCACUCAAACCCUAAAAAUGGGAAUCAGAAAUAAAAAAUAACACACAAAUGAAGUAUAGAGACGCGUAUACACAUGAGGAUAUGAGAGUGGAAUUAUAGAAAUAUAUAGAAAGCAUAAAAAGAACCGAAAUCAAACUCCUUUUCUUUUUUUUUUUCUCAUUAAAAAAAUGCAUUUUCUUGCCUUUAAUUCAUUUGUCUUUGUUCUCCUUCUCUCUUCUCACUUUCCUUUCUGAUUUUGUGCUCUCUUAGCGUUUCUCUUUGGUCGUCUUGCUUCCUCUCUUUCGUUUUGCCUUUGUUUGUUUCUUUUUUUUUUGAUUCCCCCACCAAUUUUUUCCUUGGAGUUCUUUCCCCUUAAAGAUCCAUCAAACUUUAUUAAAGAAGGUAGAAGAAAGAGAUAAUAAAGGGUAGAAGAACAAUGGCUUUCUCAUCUAAUUGGUCACAGCCUACGAAUUCGAAUCAUCAGCAUCAUCAGCACCAGCUUCACGAAAAUGGAAGUAUAGUUAGUGGCCACGGACUAUUCUCUCACCAACUUCCACCUCUCCAAGCAAACCCUAACCCUAACCACCACCAUGUCGUCGCUGCCUCUGCUGGUCUUCCGGCGAGGAUGGGUGGAUCGAUGGCGGAGAGAGCGAGACAGGCCAAAAUACCUCCGCCUGACGGACCCCUAAAGUGUCCUCGAUGUGACUCCAGCAACACUAAGUUCUGUUACUACAACAACUAUAACCUCACUCAGCCUCGUCACUUCUGCAAAGGUUGCCGUCGCUACUGGACACAAGGCGGCGCCCUGAGGAACGUCCCUGUCGGUGGAGGCUGCCGGAAGAAUAACAAGAAGGGCAAAAAUGGCAAUUCAAAAUCUUCUUCUUCGUCGUCCAAACAGUCUUCCACGGUCAACGCUCCAAGUCCAAGCUCAGGACAGCUAAGGACUAAUCAUCAGUUCCCGUUUUCACCAACACUUUACAAUCUCACUCAACUCGGAGGUAUUGGUUUGAACUUAGCAGCUACUAAUGGCAACAACCAAGCUCACCAGAUCGGUUCGAGUUUGAUGAACGAUCUAGGGUUUCUUCAUGUCGGAAAUGGACGAAAUACGUCAGCUCAGAUUACUGGAAACAUUCAUGACAACAACAACAACGAAAACAACCUAAUGACGUCUGUUGGACCGCUGAGUCACUUCACCCUCUUCGAUCCAGCAACAGGGUUAUACCCUUUCCCGAACGAGGGUAAUAUGGGAAACAAUGUCGGGAUAUCUUGUUCCACUACUUCUAUGGUUGAUUCUAGGGUUUACCAGACAUCUCCGGUGAAGAUGGAAGAACAGCCAAAUUUGGCUAACUUAUCUAGACCGGCCUCCGGUUUGACGUCUCCGGGGAAUCAAACAAAUCAGUACUUUUGGACCGGUUCGGACUUCUCGGGUCCUUCUAAUGAACUCUUGUGAGAUUUUGUGUUUUUUUCGGAUCAUUAAUGUAUGUUACGACGUGGAGAUUGACUUAGAUGACUACGAACGGUCAGGAUUAAAUGCAUGCAGAGAGUAUGUGUUCGGGACGAUGAUCAUGGAGAAGUACUAGCGUACUAAAAGGUAUCUUAACUAUAGUUUGUGGUUUUUACAACAUAAAAUCGAUACUUCAGUUAUAUAAUCAGGUGCGUCAUAUAAUCUGUUUGUAUUGCGUGAUUUCAUGGUUGAUCUGAAUUCGAAGUUGCUAUUUCUCAAUACGUGUCUGUAACAGUCCAAUUAAUUUGUAUACUCUUUAAUCUGAAUUUUAUCGAACAUAUAUCAUAUAUUA